UACUUUAUCACAGUAAUAUGUUUAAAAUAUAAAUAAUGAUAAAAUAAAAUGUGAUUUUAGUUUUUCAUUGAAACAACUUGAAUUUAUAUCAUUGAAUCUUUAAAAGUCUAUCAAUAUAUAUAUUCAACCAAAUGUUCUUUGUCUCUUUAAUUGAAAUUUUAUGGUAGAAAUAUCUAUGGCUGAUCCAAAUUUAAAUACUUCAGGUUCUAGUGCAGGUUUUUUGCCAACUACAUCAUCUAAUUACUUAGUCAUGCCGUUCACACCUACUGUACCAAAUGUUCCUGUACCACAACCUAUGGUAUGGACUCAAAUGCAGCAACCACCUAUGGUUGUUCCUGUUACACCACAUGUUGUUUCAGCUCCUCCACGUUUCAACCCAAGAGUUCCCCGUAAAACUUUCCGCCCUCCUACUCCUACUGAACCCCCAAUUACAGUUUUUGUUGGAAAUAUUGCAGAAAAAGCUCCUGAUACAAUGAUAAGGCAUAUAUUAGCCACUUGUGGAAACAUAGCUACAUGGAAAAGAGUUCAAGGAUUUGGAUUUUGUGAAUAUUAUGGUGCUGAAGCAGCAAUCAGAGCAAUCAAAGUUUUACAUGAUAUGGAAGUUGGGGAUAAAAAACUUGUUGUAAAGGUUGAUGCAAAAGCACAAGAGACACUGGACCAAUUUAAAGCUGAAAAAAAAGGAACUGAUGAUUCAGAAGAAAGCAAGCAAUUUGAAGUGUAUUGUCGACAAAGAAUUGAUAGUAUUAUUGCUGAGCAUAACGAAGAAAUGAAUAAAGAAGGAAAACUUAAUGAAGAAGAAGAUAAACCUAGUAUCGUUGACGGUGUUGGAUUCGAUUUAGUUCCCAAUGAAGAUGAAAAAAAAAAUUUAAUUAACAGAGAGAUUGGCAAAUUUCGUGAAAUUAUGAAAAAACGAGAAGAAGAAAAAGAAGUUGAAAGAAAGAAAAGACAAGAAAAAGAGAAACAGAAUGGACGACAUGUUACUCCUGAUAGUCCAGAUUCUGAAGAAAGUAGAAGAAUACGUCGUAGAGAAGAACGUGACAAACGGGAUAAAGAGAAAGAAGAUAGAGAUAAAAGAGAUAGGGAAAGAGAUGAAAGAGACAAACGAGAUAGAGAAAAAAAGGAUAGAAGAGAAAAAGAAAGAGAAAGAGAAAAAAAAGAAAGAGAAAAAAGCAUAGAUAAAGAAAAUCGGAAAGAAAAAGAACCUGAAAAAAGUAGUAGAGGUCAUUAUGAUAAAAAUAGAUUAAGGGAAAAAGAAAUGGAAGAAGAAGAACUAGAAAUGAAAAAAGAAGAAGACAGACGCAGAGAACGAGAAAUAGCUUAUCAAGAAAAACGAAAACAGUGGGAAGUAAGAGAAAAUCAAAAAAAAAAAGAAUUAGCUAAGGAACGUGCUAAAAAACAAAUGAUUGAAGAGGAACGAGAAAGAAAUGCAAAAAAACUUAAAGAAUUUCUUGAGGAUUAUGAUGAUGAAAAAGAUGAUGUAAAGUAUUACAAAGGAAGAGAAUUACAAAAAAGAAUUGAAUUAAGAGAAAAAGAAAUUGAAGAAGAUGGUAGGGAUCGACAAAAAGAAAAAGAUGAACUUGAAGCAAUCCGAGAAAAAAUUUACAACAGUGAUUAUAAAGAUCCUGAAUUAGAAUUUGCAAAAGUAUUGAAAGCUAGAGAAGAAAUGUAUAAACCUAAAUUAUUAAUAGAUGUAGCUGAAAAGCAAAAAGAUAAAUUAAAAAAAUAUGAAAUGGAAUUGGAAAAAGAAAUCCAAAAACAAAAAGAUAUAGAAGCUGAACAAGAACGAAAUAGACGAGAAAAUGAUAAAACUCAGACACCUAGUCCACAACAACUAGCUACACCACAUAGUGUUGAACCUCAUACACCUCCACCUGAAAUGGUUCCUAUAACUACUACUCUAAUGAUUAAAAAAAGAAUGGAUGUUAAAGAUGUAUUUAAUAAUGAUGAUGAAGAAGUUCCAAAACCAAAGAAGAGAAAAUUGGUUCCUAUUGAUUAUACUGAUAAAAAAGAAGAAGAAAGUAAGGCAGUUGAAGAAAAAAAGAAAAAUAUUCGCCAGUUAAUUGAUCGUAUACCUACUGAUAAAGAUGAUCUCUUUUCAUUCCAUCUUGACUGGUCUGUAGUAGAUAAUCAACUUAUGGAAAAGCGUAUUAGGCCCUGGAUUAAUAAAAAAAUCAUUGAAUAUAUUGGAGAACCUGAGCCAACAUUAGUUGAUUUUAUUUGUUCAAAAGUUUUGGCUGGUAGUAGUCCUCAAGCAAUAUUAGAUGAUGUCCAGAUGGUACUAGACGAAGAAGCUGAGGUGUUUGUUGUAAAAAUGUGGAGACUUCUAGUGUAUGAAGUUGAAGCUAAAAAAUUAGGUUUAGUUAAAUUGGAAGAAAAUGGUCACAAAGACCCUUAAUUUUUUAUGUUUAUUUUUGUAAAUAAAUUUAAUUUCCUAAUAAAAGUUAUCUUUUAUUAUUUAACUUGACAUAUUUUUUUGAAAUAAAAUAUUGAAAAUUAUUUAAUUAUAUUAAAAAAUUAAUUAUUUAUGAAAACAACUGUUUUUUCAUUUUUCUUGUUUUUUCUAAAUCACAUGUUAAUAAUAAAAAUCUUAAAAAAUUUAUUUUUAAACUAUGUUUUUUCCAUUAAACAUCAAUAAAUUAUUAUGUUUCAAA